AUGGCUUCCCCUGGGGUUCAGGCUCUUGUGGAGGCCAAGUGGCAGAGCGCCUUCAAGACGCUCAACCGCGAAGAGCCUGGAAUUUCAGGGCUGUUGAAAACGAGUCAGGCACGGCAGCUGGCGUCUGACUUUCUCCGUCCUCGAGCCUUAUCGGAGCCGCGGCGAAAAUAUCGUGCCGAUGUCAUGGCAAAUGCUUUCCGUCUCCUGUAUCAGACGAAGCAGCUUCAUGGGGUCCUUGAGAACUUCCUAGAGGAGAUGCGCCAGCAGCGUCAUCUAAUUACAGAAGACGUAGAGGCUUAUAUGCAUGAGUAUGAGGUGCGCCCGUAUGCAUUUGUACUCGUGACCGAGGUACAUGAAACCGCGGACUCACAGAUAAUCGCACAAUUGGUACAUAGACUGGUAGAAUGGUUCAAUGCAUGGCGACCGACAACUGAGACUGACGGCCAUCCCGGCCCACUGGAAAGCCUAGGACACGUCGCUAUCGACUCGUACACCGACGCCUUCCAAACCCACAUCUACUCCGUCCUCCCUCCAUCCUUCUCGAGCGGCUUCAAGGACCUCAUCGCGUCCACCCUUCCCGUGUCCGAUCCCGCACCGCCCCCAGAUAGAGCGCUUUGGGACGCAUUCCAUGCCCUUGGGCUGAUCGAGCGGUACGAGUCCCUCAUUUCUAGCGUCUGCUAUGAGUUGGUGGAGAAGCACGUAGUGGAGACGUGUGCGGGGCAGUGGUCAGAGAGGAUGUUGCAGGACCUGCGGGAUUGGAUGCAGAAUAAGGUGUUGCCGUGGAUGUGCCUCCCUUAUGCCCCGGGAGCGAGGACUAUGGAGGAGGCGGGGGCGAGUUUACAUGGGGUUGGGCCGCGAUUUGAUUUCCAUGUGUGCAAGACCUUAUGUGACCUCCGCACGUCAGAAAUCUUCGACAUCAUUGUCGAUUAUCCUGAUUCCAUUGACGCCUUGUAUGAUUUGAAGGAAUGUCUCUAUCGCGUAGACCAGCGUUCUAAUUUAGUGCAGAGUCUGCGAAAAGCGAACAAGAAACGACUUCUCCAUCCUGGCGCAGACACGAAGGAUAUUCUAGCACAAUAUGUCUCUACAAUCCGCAGCUUGCGCAUAGUGGAUCCUCCAGGCGUCCUCUUGUACAAGGUGGCAGACCCUAUUCGCCGAUACCUACGGGAUCGCGCAGAUACGAUUCGGUGCAUAGUCUCCAGCCUCGUCGGGGACAAUGAGAACGGAGAGUCCUUAAUAGACGAUGAGCCGCCUUUGCCGUACCUCACCAAGGACGCAGAGGACUACUCAGACCCGCAUUGGGAACCGGAACCGAUAGAUGCAGGGCCUGAUUUCCGCGCGAAUAAGCCGGGAGACGUCAUCAGUACCUUGGUGAGCAUAUAUGACACGAAGGACGUCUUCGUGAAGGAGCUGCAAGUACUACUGGCACAACGGCUCCUCGCUGUGACGGACGGUAACUACGAAAAAGAGCGCCGUAAUAUUGAGAUACUGAAAGUACGCUUCGGCGAGCAGGCCUUGCAGGUAUGCGAGGUCAUGUUACGUGACAUGACCGAUUCCCGGCGCAUCGACCAGCACGUGCAGUCACAGAAACCUUCCAUUCUUCACCCAGUUAUCAUUUCGAGACAUUUCUGGCCAUCCCUGCAGAGCGGAAGCUUCGUUAUGCCACAGAAAUUACGAUCAAUUCAAGAAGAGUAUGCGCGGGAGUUCACGGCUUUCAAGCCUGACAAGAGACUCGUAUGGCUGUCUCAUAUGGGGUCCGUAAAGCUCGAGCUGGAGCUACAAGACCGCACUAUCGAAGCCGAAGUGACUCCCGUGGCAGCUGCCAUCAUCGAACUAUUCUCUGAGAAGGAUGUGUGGACUGCGGGCGAGCUCAUGGCCCAGAUGCAACGCCUCGACAAGGAACACUUACGCAAAGGCUUGAACGUGUGGGUCGAUCUGGGUGUCCUCAAGGAAGAGGGCGCGGACAAAUAUCGACUACUGGAAGUUGCUGAAGAGUCCUCCAAGAAAGAAGGAACGGUCUCGGCACCGAAACCCAAAGAACUACCCGCGGUACAAACUACACAGCAGCAGCAAGCUGAACAAAUGCGCGUCUUUUGGAACUACAUAGAAGGGAUGCUCACGAAUCUCGGGUCUCUUCCACUGGACCGAAUACAAAACAUGCUGAAGUUUGCGCGGGGCUAUGAUCGGAGCAUCGAGCAACUUGGGAUGUUCAUGGAAGCUGCCAGGAGGGAAGGUCUAGUCGUGGUUAGAGAUGGAAUGUGGAGGUUGAACAAGUAA